AUGGCCUUUGCCAACCUCUUGGAGCAGGUUGGAGGAAUGGGUCGUUUCCAGGUGCUCUCGGUGCUCCUCCUGUCCUUACCUGUCCUGAUGAUGGCAAGUCACAACCUUCUGCAGAAUUUCACAGCUGCCAGCAGUGACCAUCGGUGUCGGCUGCUCUGGGAGGACAAUGCCACCAACCUCAGCCCUGAGGACCUGUUGAAGGUCUCAGUUCCCCAGGGGGAGAGGUGCAGGCGUUUCGUGACACCUCAGUGGUGGCUUUUGGAGGUCAAUGGGUCAACUUCCAAUGCUUCUUGGCCGGAGACGGAGCCUUGUCACGAUGGUUGGACCUACGACCGGAGUGUCUUCACCAGCACCAUCAUCACCGAGGUAGGAUGGUGGCAAGGACAGGGUGGAAGGGUUUGGGGACCCAACUCUACGUGUAGAGGCAUCAAGGAAGGGUCAACCACCAUCACCAUGUGGACAUCUCCCAGCUGGAGCAUCUUCCCAGCUCAAGUUUUGGUGGAGACACUCCAUGCCAUGAGCUGA